AUGGGGUUAUCCGGGGCACUUAGGUAUGCUCUGGUGAAUGCGGCAAACGAGUCGGUGCUUGGUGGGGGCGGCCUGGAUGGAGCCAUCCACCAGGCAGCAGGCCCAGCCCUCCUGAAGCUCUGCCACGACCUGCUUCCUUGUUCCCUCUGUUUACCUCUCAUUCUUCCUCUCUCCGCUCUCUCUCCUAAUUUCCCCUCCCCUCGCACCAGCCAUCCACCGGGCAGCAGGCCCAGCCCUCCUGAAGCUCUGCCACGACCUACCCAUGAUGAGGAAUGGGCAGCAAGCCUACCAGUGCGCUAUGUAAUUCAUGCGGUGGGGCCCGUGUAUUUGACCGAAAGAGUGUCAGCACCCGUGCUUAAAGAGGCAUACAGUUACCCGCCUGUGAAGGGCGCCCAAGCUGCUCUGAACGUUCUGUUGAGCCAACCGUGGGGGUCAGUGCAAGAGGUGCACUUUGUCCUGUUUGACCACUGGAUGCUCAACGUUUGGCUGAAUGCCAUCCAUGCCGCCAACCUGCCACAGCUGCUGCUGCAACGACGACCACCACAACAGCCACCGCUGGUGCCGCCACAGCAACUGCCACCACCGCUGUCGUCUCAGCAGGUGCAACCUCAACAGCAGUCGUAUGAGUCAGCACAACAGCAGGCAAGGCAGGCCGUGAAUGAGGCGAUUCGGAGGGGGAGAAGGUGA